CAUUUGAACGGUGCAACAUUUUCUGAAUGGUAAACGGGAAAUUCGACAGGACGGUGCAUUAUUUUCGGUACGUCGGUGUUAUGACGGUGAUUGUGUAGUGUGUCCAGACUUAGCACCCCCACAUAACAAUUAUUGGAUUUAGAUCCGGCGCGGACGUCGCAUUUUGAUUAAGCAAAAUUAAAAGGAAAUUAAUUAUUCUCCAAGAAGACCACCGAUGGAUCGGAGGUGAAACGUCGUAACGGAAGGAGAAGCAUGGGAGUCAUAUCGGUAGGAUUGGCGGCCGUUUGGGUCUCCCUCAUCGGCGUGGCGUUGUCGAAGACUGUGUCCGUGAUACCGCACGACGCGCAUCCCGGCUACAGCGUGAAAAAGUUCCAAACGAACAAUGACUUAAAUUACAAACUGCUAGAUUCGGACUUCUCUCAGUUCUUCACGAUGCUGCAAGACGGUUCGAUAAUGACCGUGUCGGACGUGAGUCCGUUGGUCAACCACCCCGUGGAUCUGGUGGUGCUGGAGAAGAAGGGCAACGCCAGCACCACCCAUUUGUUGGAGCUGUACGUGCUCGACAGGAAGAACAUGCUCAGUUUCAAGACUGAGGAGGACAUACAGGGGAGCGUGCCGGAGAAUUCGCCCGCCGGCACUAAAGUUACGGGGUUGCCUCUGUUGCAGGCCACCAGCGAUAUGCUUUUAUCGAUUCCGGUGACGUACAGCAUCAUCGCUGGCAACGUCGGCAACUCCUUCGAGUUGCAGAAUAGCCUCACGGAAGAAUCGAUGCAGAACGUCACUGUUAACGACACGAGAGGUGGCGUCAACAUUAUUACCACUCAGGUUUUGGACAGGGAGGAAACUGGUAGGUAUGUCUUAACGAUCCAGGCAUCAGACCCCAGUGGAGUGAACAAAGCCGUCACCAACGUGGUGAUUGACAUAGAAGACGAAAACGAUAACAGUCCGGUCUUCACCCAAAAAGUGUACAGAUUCGUUGUUGGUGACGAUUCGAUAGAAGGCGACAACGUGACCACAACUUGGAAAAGAUUUUCAUCAAUUGGCAAAGUAGAAGCGACGGACGCCGACGGCGACAAAGUAGCCUACAGACUGGUAACCCCCACAAACUUCCUCGUAAUCGUACCUCAAACCGGCGACUUCCUCCUAACCCAAGAACCCAUCGAAGAAAUCGAAUUGGAACUAGUAGUAGAGGCGCACGACUUACGCACCCCCAGUAGAACAUCCCCGCGACCCGCACAAGUUAUAUUCCAUUUCAAGCCAGCCGAAUACUCGAAAGUAGUCCUGGACUUGGACCUCCAGCAGCUGGAGGAGCACGAACUGCACCGCACCAAGCGUCGCGUCACCAGAGCGGUGCGACCCACCAAACGCAUCGAGUUCACGGAAACGGACGGCGAAACCGACGGUAGAAACGUGUUCCAACUGGAAAAGGAGACGGACCGCGAGACCUUCAAGAUCAGGGACGAGAACCCGUGGGUCACCGUCGAUCCCAACGGGUCGGUGCGCGUUAAGAAGAAGUGGGACUACGAGGAACUCGGUCCGGAGAAGACCAUCGACUUCUGGGUCAUCAUCACCAACGCCGAGAAAGGAGACACCGACAACCAGAGAGUCAUAAUCCAUGUGCGAGACGUCAACGAUGAACCGCCCUACUUCAUCAACCGUCCCUUGCCCAUGCAGGCGGUGGUACAGCUCAACGCACCCCCAAACACCCCCGUGUUUACCCUCCAAGCCAGGGAUCCGGACACGGACCACAACAUCCACUAUUUCAUCGUCAGGGACCGUACCGGAGGACGAUUCGAGGUGGACGAACGAUCGGGCGUCGUCAGGACCAGAGGAACGGAUCUCUUCCAGCUCGACAUGGAGUACGUGCUUUACGUCAAGGCUGAGGAUCAGAACGGAAGGGUGGAUGACAGGAGGUUCCAAUCGACGCCGGAGGAGCGGCUGUCGAUUGUCGGUGGCAAGAGGGCGCCGCAGUUUUACAUGCCCAGCUAUGAGGCUGAGAUUCCGGAAAAUCAAAAGAAGGAUUCAGACAUAAUCUCGGUGAAGGCUAAAUCGUUCGCCGACAGGGAAAUUCGAUACACCUUAAAGGCUCAAGGACAAGGCGCAGGAACUUUCAACAUAGGACCCACUUCCGGCAUUGUGAAACUGGCCAAAGAGCUCGAUUUUGAGGAUUUGAGGCAACCGCACGUUUAUUCACUUGUCGUGACCGCCACUGAGGACUCAGGAGGUUUCUCAACUUCCGUUGAAUUAACCAUAAGAGUUACGGAUGUAAACGACAACGCUCCAAAGUUCGAACUGCCAGAUUACCAGGCGCACAAUGUGGACGAAGACAUUCCUCCAGGAACCAGCAUCCUUAAAGUCAAAGCAAUGGACGCAGACAGUGGAACAAACGCAGAAAUCGAAUAUCUGGUCUCAGAUGAUCAUUUCAGCGUUGACCCAAGCGGUAUUAUUUCUAACAACAAACAACUGGACGCCGACAACAACAACGCCUAUUACGAGUUCGUGGUAACGGCCAAAGACAAGGGAGAACCAGCCAAAACUGGCACUGCCACUGUCAGAGUUUACACCAAAAACAAGAACGACGAAGAACCCAAAUUCUCCCAACAAGUGUACACGCCAAACGUAGACGAAAAUGCUGGCCCUAACACCCUUGUUACAACAGUAGUGGCGAGCGACAAAGACGGUGACAACGUCAGGUUUGGGUUCGUUGGAGGCGGCACAAGUUCAGGCCAGUUCGUCAUUGAGGAAAUUACCGGUGUAAUUCGGUUGCACAGCAAAGGUAUCUCUUUGGAUCGUGACAAGUACGAGUUGAACGUGACUGCUAUGGAUGAUGGAGCCUGUUGUGCUAAUGGAGACGCCACGAUUCACACCAGUACAGCCGUGGUUGUGGUAUUCAUCACAGACGUCAACGAUAACAAGCCCAUCUUCAAGGAUUGUGGCACGUAUUAUCCUAAAGUGGAGGAAGGAGCUCCCAACGGUUCUCCCGUCAUUAAAGUACAUGCAGUGGACGAAGAUAAGGGUGUUAACGGACAAGUCAAGUAUUCCAUCGUGCAGCAACCUAAUCAAAAAGGAACAAAGUUCACGGUGGAUGAGGAGACUGGAGAAGUUUCCACCAACAAAGUGUUUGAUCGUGAGGGAGACGAUGGCAAAUUUGUAUCCGUGACUGUAAAGGCUACGGAUCAGGGUGAACCAUCUUUGGAGGGUGUUUGUUCCUUUACCGUUGAAAUUACUGAUGUCAACGAUAAUCCACCUUUGUUUGACCGACAAAAAUACGUUGAAAAUGUAAAACAAGACGCCAGCAUUGGAACAAAUAUCCUCCGCGUCUCAGCUUCAGAUGAAGAUGCCGAUAACAACGGUGCCAUCAUCUACACCCUGAGCGCCGGCUCAAACCCCGCCGACUUGGAAUACUUCGAGAUCCAACCGGAAUCCGGUUGGAUCGUCCUGAAAAAACCAUUGGACCGCGAGACCUACAAGCUGGAGGCGACCGCCCAAGACAAAGGCUACCCUCCCCUAUCCCGUUCCGUGGAGGUCCAGAUAGACGUGGUGGACCGCGCGAACAACCCACCAGUUUGGGACCACGUAAUCUACGGACCGAUUUUCAUCCGGGAGAACCUCCCGGUCGGCGCCAAAGUGGUGUCAGUUAAGGCCAGCUCCGGCAUCGAAAAUAACCCCACUGUCUUCUACCGGUUGAUGCCCGGCUCCACCGCCCAAACAAACAAGUUUCACACCUUUUAUCUGCAACAAAGACCCGAAAACGGAUUCACCUGGGCCGACAUCAAGGUCAAUCACCCACUGGACUAUGAAACCAUCAAGGAGUACAACCUGACCAUCCGUGUUGAAAACAACGGUGCCCAACAACUCGCGUCCGAGGCCAUCGUUUACAUCCAGCUGGAGGACGUGAACGACGAAAUACCCCUGUUCACGGAAAGAGAACAGGAAACGGUUUUGGAGGGUGAGCCGAUCGGCACCAAAGUCACCCAGGUCAACGCCAUAGACAAGGACGGGACGUUCCCCAAUAACCAAGUGUACUACUACAUAGUGGAUUCGCCGCGGAACGAGGGCAAGGAUUUCUUCGAGAUUAACAAGGAAACGGGCGAGGUGUUCACCAAGGUCGUGUUCGACAGGGAGAAGCAGGGAGCGUACGCGCUCGAGAUCGAGGCAAGGGAUGGGGCACCCUCCGCCAGGCCCAACAGCGGCAACGAACCCAAUUCCGUGACCAAAUUUAUUCGAAUUGGAAUCGCUGAUAAGAAUGACAAUCCUCCUUAUUUUGACAAAGCUCUUUACGAGGCUGAAGUGGACGAAAAUGAAGACAUUCAACACACCGUUCUCACUGUCACCGCCAAAGAUCACGAUGAAUCCUCUCGUAUUCGAUACGAGAUCACAAGCGGUAACAUAGGUGGGGCUUUCGCUGUCAAGAAUAUGACAGGGGCCAUUUAUGUAGCAGGAGCAUUGGACUACGAAACGAGGAAGAGGUACGAACUGCGUUUGGCCGCAUCGGACAACCUGAAAGAGAACUACACGACGGUCGUGAUUCACGUCAAGGACGUGAACGACAAUCCGCCCGUGUUCGAAAGGCCUACCUACAGGACGCAGAUCACGGAAGAGGACGACCGCAACUUGCCGAAGAGCGUCCUGAAGGUUACGGCCACCGACGGAGAUAAGGAUCGGCCCCAGAACAUUGUUUACUUCCUGACGGGCCAGGGCAUUGAUCCGGACAAUCCUGCGAAUAGCAAAUUCGACAUAAAUAGGACCACCGGAGAGAUAUUCGUGCUGAAGCCCCUAGACAGAGAUCAGCCGAACGGCCGCCCGCAAUGGCGCUUCACCGUCUUCGCCCAGGACGAAGGUGGCGAAGGCCUGGUCGGCUACGCCGACGUCCAGGUCAACCUCAAGGACAUCAACGACAACGCCCCCAUAUUCCCGCAGGGCGUCUACUUCGGCAACGUGACCGAAAACGGCACGGCCGGCAUGGUGGUCAUGACCAUGACCGCCGUAGACUACGACGACCCGUCAGAAGGUACGAACGCGCGUCUCGUCUACUCGAUCGAGAAGAACGUCAUCGAAGAAGAAACGGGUUCGCCGAUAUUCGAAAUCGAAUCGGAAACGGGUGUGAUUAAGACGGCCGUGUGUUGUUUGGAUCGGGAACGAACGCCCGACUAUUCGAUUCAGGUGGUCGCGAUGGACGGUGGCGGGUUGAAAGGGACAGGUACCGCGUCCAUACGAGUGAAAGACAUAAACGACAUGCCGCCGCAGUUCACCAAGGACGAGUGGUUCACCGAGGUGGACGAGACGGACGGCACCACGUUGCCGGAGAUGCCCAUUCUGACUGUGACGGUGCACGACGAGGACGAGACCAACAAGUUCCAGUACAAGGUUAUUGAGAACAGCGGCUACGGAGCCGACAAGUUUACCAUGGUGCGCAACAACGACGGCACCGGUUCGCUGAAGAUCGUCCAGCCGCUGGACUACGAGGACUUGCUGCAAAGCAACGGCUUCCGCUUCAGGAUCCAGGUGAACGACAAGGGCGAGGACAACGACAACGACAAAUACCACGUGGCUUACUCCUGGGUGGUGGUCAAGUUGCGCGACAUCAACGACAACAAGCCCCAGUUCGAGCGUCCCAACAUCGAGGUGUCGGUGUUCGAGAACGCCGAGGUGGGUAAGAGUUUGGAAACGUUCAAGGCCACGGAUCCGGACCAGGGAGGCAAAAGCAAAGUAUCUUACGCGAUAGACCGCACGUCCGACAGGAAGCGCCAGUUCUCCAUUAAUCAGGAGGGCACAGUCAGCAUUCAGCGCUCGUUGGACAGGGAGGACACCCCCAGACAUCAGGUCAAGAUCCUGGCUAUUGAUGACGGCAUCCCGCCCAAAACCGCAACCGCCACCCUCACCGUCAUCGUGCAGGACAUCAACGACAAUGCUCCCACUUUCCUCAAGGACUACAGGCCCGUCGUUCCCGAACACGUACCACCAAGGAAAGUCGUCGAGUUGCUGGCGACCGACGACGACGACAGAUCGAAGAGCAACGGACCACCGUUCCAAUUCCGAUUGGAUCCCGGAGCGAGCGACAUCGUGAGGGCGUCCUUCAAAGUGGAGCAGGAUCAAAAGGGAGCGAACGGCGAUGGCAUGGCCAUAAUAACAUCACUGCGCUCAUUCGACAGGGAACAACAAAAGGAAUACCACAUUCCAAUCGUUAUUAAAGACCACGGCAACCCGGCCAUGUCUGGCACUAGCACCCUGACAGUGAUAAUUGGCGACGUGAACGACAACAAAAUGCAGCCCGGCUCCAAAGAGAUAUUCGUCUACAACUAUCAAGGACAGGCACCGGAAACGGAAGUGGGUCGCGUCUACGUCUACGACCUGGACGACUGGGACUUGCCCGACAAGAAAUUCUACUGGGAAAGCGUCGAGCAUCCCAGAUUCAAACUAAACGAGGACUCGGGCAUGAUCUCAAUGAGACACGGCACCCGCGACGGCACAUAUCACCUCAAAUUCAAGGUGUUCGAUCGCAAGCACACCCAGAGCGACGUGCACGCCAACGUAACCGUCACCGUCAAGGAAAUCCCCCACGAGGCCGUAGUCAACUCAGGCUCCGUACGCAUUGCCGGUAUCACCGACGAGGACUUCAUCCGCAUCUGGGACUACAGAACGCAGAGCCUGUCCAAGAGCAAAUCGGAGAAGUUCAGGGACAAGAUCGCCGAACUGUUGAACAUCGAACGCGACAACGUGGACGUGUUCAGCGUGCAGCUGCGCAGGAAGCACCCGCCCCUGACGGACGUCCGGUUCUCCGCCCACGGUUCGCCGUACUACAAGCCGGUGCGACUGAACGGCAUGGUGCUGAUGCACCGCGAGGAGAUCGAACGCGCCGUCGGCAUCAACAUCACCAUGGUGGGAAUCGACGAGUGUCUGUACGAGAAUCAGAUGUGCGAGGGCUCCUGCACGAACACACUCGACAUAAGUGCCUUGCCCUACAUGGUGAACGCGAACAAGACCGCCCUGGUGGGCGUGCGAGUCGACGUGUUGGCCGAGUGCACGUGCGGUGCCCGGAACUUCAGCAAGGAGGAGAAUUGUCGCAACACCCCGUGCUACAACGGCGGCAGGUGCGUGGAGACUCGCUACUCCUUAUCCUGCUCCUGUCCGGCGGGCUACAACGGACCGCGUUGUCAGCAGACGUCGCGCAGCUUCAAGGGCAACGGAUGGGCUUGGUACCCGGCUUUGGAGAUGUGCGACAAGUCGCAUCUGCACUUCGACUUCAUCACCAGGAAGCCGGACGGAUUAUUGUUGUACAACGGACCAAUAGUACCGCCAGAAAAGGAUGAAAUCAUGGUGUCCGAUUACAUUGCGGUGGAACUGGAGCGGGGCUACCCCAGGUUACUCAUAGACUUCGGCUCCGGCACUCUAGAACUCCGAGUCAAAACCAAAAAGACCCUGGACGACGGCGAGUGGCACAGACUGGACAUCUUCUGGGACACCGAAAACGUCCGACUGGUGGUCGACUAUUGUAAAUCAGCAGACAUAGCAGAACUCGAAGAUGGUACUCCACCAGAAUUCGACGACUCGAGCUGCCAAGCCCAAGGAACCAUACCACCGUUCAACGAGUACCUAAACGUAAACGCCCCACUUCAAUUGGGCGGCCUCUACGUGGAGCAAUUCGACCCCACCCACUAUCACUGGCAGUACAUGCCAGUAGGCAAGUCCUUCGACGGAUGCAUCAGGAACCUGUUCCACAACUCCAAGCUCUACGACCUGGCCCAUCCUGGGCUGUCCAGACAUAGCGUGCCCGGCUGUCCACAAACUGAAGAGAUGUGCGGCAGGUCGGACGCCACUUCCAGAUGUUGGGAGCACGGAACGUGCGUUGGAAGCUUCAACGAAGCUAAAUGUCAGUGCAAGCCCGGUUUCACUGGACCGGCCUGUACAAUUCCAACCAUUCCCACCUCCUUCAAGCCACAGUCUUACGUCAAAUACGCCCUCAGCUUCGAACCGGACCGAUUCUCCACCCAGAUCCAGCUAAGGUUCAGGACCAGAGAGGAACACGGGGAACUGUUCAGAGUUUCGGACCAGCACAACCGCGAGUACGGAAUAUUGGAGAUCAAGGAUUCGAGGCUGUACUUCCGCUACAACUUGAACUCGUUGAGGACCGAGGAGAGGGACAUUUGGUUGAGCGCCGUGCCCGUUGACGACGGUCAGUGGCACGUGGCCAGAGUGAGCAGAUACGGGUCGGCGGCGACGCUGGAGCUGGACGGCGGCGAGGGUAGGAGGUACAACGAGACGUUCGAGUUCACCGGACACCAGUGGUUGCUGGUUGACAAACAGGAGGGCGUGUACGCCGGCGGCAAGGCCGAGUACACCGGCGUCAGGACUUUCGAAGUCUAUGCCGAUUAUCAGAAGGGCUGUCUGGACGACAUCAGGUUGGAGGGCAAACAUUUGCCGCUGCCUCCGGCCAUGAACGGCACACAGUGGGGCCAGGCCACCAUGGCCAGGAACCUCGAGAGGAACUGUCCGUCCAACAAACCGUGCGCCAACGUCAUCUGUCCCGAACCCUUCGAGUGUGUCGACCUGUGGAACGACUAUGAGUGCACCUGCGGCGAGGGUCGCGUCAUGUCGCCGGACAGCAAGGACUGCAUGGACAAGGACGAAUGUCUCGACCUGCCUUGCCUGAACGGCGGCACCUGCAUCAACCUCGAGCCCCGUCUGCGUUACCGCUGCAACUGUCCGGACGGUUUCUGGGGCGAGAACUGCGAACUGAUCCAGGAGGGCCAGACCCUCAAGCUCAGCAUGGGCGCGCUAGCGGCUAUCCUAGUCUGCUUGCUCAUCAUUCUCAUUUUGGUGCUGGUGUUCGUGGUCUACAAUCGGCGCAGAGAGGCGCACAUUAAGUACCCGGGACCGGACGACGACGUGCGUGAGAACAUCAUCAACUACGACGACGAGGGCGGCGGCGAGGACGACAUGACGGCCUUCGACAUCACCCCGCUCCAGAUACCGAUCGGCGGACCCCUACCCGAGCUGGCACCACCGAAACUAGGCUGUACGCACCUCCAACUUUAUUGUGCCACAAGUAGUAACAUGUUUUUGGUUGCAGUCUCAAUGUUGGGGGUGGGCCAGGAACCGAACGUGGGGGUGUUCAUCGAGGAGCACAAAAAGCGUGCCGACAGCGACCCGAACGCCCCGCCAUUCGACGACCUCAGGAACUACGCCUACGAAGGGGGCGGCAGCACCGCCGGCUCCCUCAGCUCCUUGGCUUCAGGGACUGACGACGAGGCGCAAGACUACGACUACUUGGGAGCAUGGGGACCGCGUUUCGACAAGCUGGCAGACAUGUACGGACCCGGUGAGGAAACUGAACAGGAAGAGUAAAAGUGCGAAUUUUAUCCCGGUUAUUCGAUAGUGAAAGAAACAUUCCUCCAUCGUAAAACAAUGCUUCUCACGUGUAAAUUGCGUGUUCCAAUAAGACUGUCGCAGUUUUGCUGCAAUAUAUAAAUAAUUGUAGAGAAUUUAUACAGGCCGUCUGGUGAAAGGCACAUAAACUGUUAGGAACACUGUCAACAAAAGUCAAUUAUAAUUCAAUUGCGACCUCACCUCCGGAGGCGCACUCAAUACUAUAAUGGUAAUUUAGUAUAAGUAGAUAAUUUUAAUAGUGUAUAAUUGAACUAUGUAUAAUGUCUGACUGUUUUGAAUGUGAUAGACUUUGGUUGAAAGUCGGUUCUUAAUUGUGUACUCAUAAUUUGUGUUCACUGCCACUUCUUAAUAUUAUUGCAUGUAUUACCCUUUAACCAAAUAUAUUUAUAAGUUCGUUUAAGUGCUGUUUUAUCAGAUGUGCCGGAAUGUUGCAUAUGUUUAUUUGUAAGAAAGCACAGAAUUACCAUUGUCCUGUACCGUCAAGCCAGUAUUCCUACGACAAAAAAAAAUUGUACUUGUAGGCAGUCACUAAAGAUUAGGUAAAAUUUACAGGUUUAGAUUAGUUUCACUGUGAAUGUCUGGUAAUUAGGAUGCGUGAAGACUGACAUGUGUUAUUGUAUAUAGUAAGCAUCACAAACUCACGACGUUUUUAUAUAGCACUAUAUACCAUGUUGCCAUACGUUAUGUUUAUCUAUUUAUUUAUUGUGUUUGCACCGCAUUACGUACAGCCAGUACCACAACCCAAAUACAUGCAAGAGGCCCCUUUAUCUCACCGAAGUUCUCCCCACACCAAAAUCGACUCGUCAAAAACAGAUUUCGGGCGCAAAGCCUCCAACGUUUGCGCACAAUUUUGAAUAUUUUUCUACUCGUGACGGACAACUUCGGGUGCAUGUGUCCUGAUGAGCAUUCUAAAUAAGGCUGUAAACGUAUACAUAUGGCGAAACAACGAAUCAUUUUGCAUCAUUCACCAAAGAUGUGUCGAGGUGGCGGCGUAAAAAAGACAUCGAAACUCGCACGUAGAGUUCGCUCAUAGUUUUCCGUAAAUUAAGGCGCCCGCCCCGGCCCGACUGCUGUACCAAAUGCGUUGCGUAAAUGACUCUGUAUUAUAAAUAUAAGUUAUCAAGCUCACUAGUAUAUUUUGUGUUGUAAAUAGCAAAUGUUGAAUGUGUGGCAUUAUGCGAAAGGAUGUUAUGAGAGUCAGUGCCAAUUAUAACUUAUAAAUAUAUUAAAUUCUUGAAUGCUGUGUAAUAAUAAUAAUUAUAAUAUUCUGUGUUUGCACUUGUGUAUAAUUUAAAUAAUGUAUACUUAAAUAUUCUUAUGACAUCGCACCAUAUUAAAACACUCCGAGCGAUCAUUUGUCCAUAAUUCAUUGUCCCACUACUCGUUUGAUAAUUUUUUUUUAAAUCUAGGUUUAGUUCUUGAGUGGUUUUCUAGUGAUUUCUUUUAUGAGUUCUUUGUCAUAAGGAAUUCGUAGAAACUAUUAUUAUGUACCUUUUUUGUACAAGAAAAUUUUAUUUAAUAUUUUAUUUAAAAUAAACUUCUAGAGAAUA